UGCUACCCUUCUAAUUCCAAUUCUUCCUCUCCUCUCCUUACCUUUUUCACCCUAAAUUCCGAUUUUCUCCACUUCUUCCCCGCCAAAUUUCUCCCCUUUUUAAACCUUCCUUUUCAAAUCCCUCCUCCUCUUCUUCUUCUUCCUCCUUCCAUUGCAAAACCCAUGUUCUUUAUCUGAUCCGUUUCCUAGUUCUCCGAAUCCUUCUUGUAGUGCCUUUCUCAACAUUCUUCACUUCGUGUUCGUGUUUCUGGAAAAAGGUGAAAGCUUUCAGGUUUACUUAAUUAUAGUUAAUCGGAGAUUUUAAGUCAAGCUCGGUGCCUUUUUCUUUCCCCUUGGAGAGUGGUGACUUUAAUCUCAGUUUCUGGCAAGAUUUAUAAAGUAACUGAAGUGUGAAUGGAAUGUUUGUGGAUGGAUAUCGAGUCUAUUUGAGCAUGGAUGUGUGGGUUUGAAAUUCCGGCUGUGCAAUUGUAAAUCUUAUCUACAGGAUCUUGCAGGCAGUGUCUCGGCCCUUGUUAUACUUUGUGCAGUAAUCAUUGAUAUCGUUAAUGACUAAUCGAGAUUUGAUGCUUGGUCAAAAUCAUAACUUAGCAAUUGGCCAUGACCAGCAAUUAGUGAUGGGCCAUGAUCAUAAUAUGGACCUGAGCCAGAAUCAUGCAUUGGAACUGGGGCCUGCCCAUGAGCAUCACAUGGAUCUGGGGCAAAGUCAUGAUCAUGAACUUGGUCUGGAAAAUGCCCACGACCAAGACCAUGGGUUGGAGAUGGGACAGACCCAUGAUCAAGAAGGCGAGCAUGGUCACAGUUAUGGGCAUGAGCAUGAACUCUCCAUGGAUCACAAACCUGAGCAUGAUGACCGGGAGUUACCCCUUCCUGAGCAUAACCAUGAAUUGGUACUAUCAGAGAACAAUGAUUUGACCGUUUCUGAGAACCAGGAAUUUGAUGAGAACACAGCCCUGACUGUGGUUCAGAACACGGAAAUGGGCAUUGAAUCUGCCGAUCAUAUGGAUAUUGAACAGUCCCAGCUUAUGCUAUCUACUCCUGUAAUUCAGGCUCGUGUAGUUGCUGUAAAUCCCACUUAUGAACUCUCAGUCGGGCAAGAAUUCCCUGAUGUGAAGAGUUGUCGAAGGGCAUUGAGGGAUGCAGCAAUUGCUUUGCACUUUGAGAUGCAAACCAUAAAAUCCGACAAGACCCGCUUUACUGCUAAAUGUGCAAGUGAAGGCUGUCCUUGGCGCAUUCAUGCGGCCAAGCUCCCAGGGGUUCCAACAUUUACCAUUAGGACCAUCCAUGAGAAUCAUACAUGUGGAGGAAUCGCUCAUCUUGGCCAUCAACAAGCCUCAGUUCAGUGGGUCGCUAACUCUGUGGAGCAAAGGCUGAAAGAAAACCCUAAUUGCAAGCCAAAGGAAAUAUUGGAAGAGAUCCAUAGGGUUCAUGGUAUCACCUUAUCUUACAAGCAGGCAUGGAGAGGCAAGGAGCGUAUCAUGGCUGCAAUGCGUGGUUCUUUCGAAGAAGGGUAUAGAUUGCUUCCGCAAUACUGCGAACAAUUGAAACGCACAAACCCCGGCAGUAUUGCAUCUGUUUAUGGAAGUCCCACUGAGAAUUGCUUCCAACGUCUCUUUAUUUCCUUUCAAGCUUGUAUAUAUGGCUUUUUAAAUGCUUGUCGGCCACUCUUGGGGCUUGAUAGAACAUAUUUAAAAAGCAAGUAUCUCGGUACCUUACUUCUUGCUACUGGAUUUGAUGGUGACGGUGCCCUCUUUCCUUUGGCAUUUGGUGUCGUUGAUGAGGAGAAUGAUGAUAAUUGGAUGUGGUUUCUGUCUGAACUUCACAACCUGCUUGAGAUUAACACUGAAAACAUGCCAAGGCUUACAAUUCUGUCUAACAGACAGAAGGGAAUUGUUGAUGGCGUUGAAGCCAAUUUUCCCACAGCAUUCCAUGGAUUUUGUAUGCGUCACUUGAGUGACAGCUUUCGGAAGGAAUUUAAUAACACCUUGCUUGUUAAUCUGUUAUGGGAAGCAGCCAAUGCACUUACUGUGAUUGAAUUCGAAGCAAAAGUUCUGGAGAUCGAAGAGAUAUCACAAGAUGCUGCAUAUUGGAUUCGAAGAAUUCCCCCCCGACUGUGGGCUACCGCAUAUUUUGAGGGGCAAAGGUUUGGUCAUUUGACAGCUAAUAUUGUUGAAUCUUUGAACACUUGGAUAUUGGAGGCAUCCGGGCUUCCCAUAAUUCAAAUGAUGGAAUGCAUCAGAAGGCAGCUAAUGACUUGGUUUAAUGAACGGCGAGAGACCAGCAUGCAGUGGACAUCAAUACUUGUACCUUCUGCUGAGAGACGUGUUGCAGAGGCUCUUGAACAUGCUCGUACAUAUCAGGUUCUUCGUGCAAACGAAGCUGAAUUUGAAGUUAUAUCUCAUGAAGGAACGAAUAUAGUUGAUAUUAGGAAUCGUUGCUGUCUUUGUCGUGGUUGGCAGCUCUAUGGUUUGCCUUGUGCGCAUGCAGUGGCAGCACUUCUUUCCUGCAGGCAGAAUGUCCACAGAUUCACGGAGAGCUGUUUUACGGUUGCAACAUACCGGAAGACAUAUUCCCAAACCAUUCACCCAAUUCCUGAUAAGUCUUUGUGGAAGGAGUUGUCUGAAGGGGAUCCCAAUGCAACCAACGUUCUUGAAGUUGUCAUUAACCCUCCUAAAUCACUCAGACCACCUGGACGACCAAGGAAGAAGCGAGUUCGUGCGGAGGACCGCGGCCGUGUCAAGCGUGUGGUGCAUUGUAGUCGUUGCAAUCAAACAGGCCACUUUAGAACCACAUGUGCAGCUCCCAUCUGAGGUUUAUUCUCUCUUGUUGCAUUAGUGUUUUCUUAGGAUUGGGAGCUUAGUAAAUUGGCAAGUAAAUGAUGUGUUUUAUUUAAUUGACAUUAAUGUGAAUUAAUUUAUUUCUGAAACUUUCUAUGUAUAUACUCAAUAAUUAGAAAACUCAAUAAUUAGAGUAUUAUUCAAUAGUGUAUUCGGAUUU